AAUUAUUAUUGAUAUAAGAUAUUAUAUUUAUGCAUAAUUCGAACUCUUAUCAAUUUUUUUUAUUUACGUGUUCUGUUAUUGUACCACGGACCAGAAAAAUUUAAAAAUCUAAUCCACGAUCCACGGUUGAUUAUCUUGCCCAUGCUACUAUCACCUAUCAUACUUGGCACUUGCAUAUUUUAUUAUUGUUCACGUUUUACGUUAUAAUUUUACUUUCUCAAUUCCCUAUAGAAGUUAUUACUUAUUUAACAUUAGUAUUUACUACCAGCUGUCCAGACGUCCAGCGCUUUAGCUACACAACUAUCACCACGACACUACAUUAACACAAAAAAAUACUUAGUGAAAUGUGAAUAGAUAAUAAUAUAGACUAUAGUAAACAUUGGUUUAGAACUUUGAAGAAUUACAACCUAUUGUAUUUAUCAGUUGGAAAAUGACGACCAAAGUAUUUAUUGAAGAACAUUUAGAUACAUAUCUAAAAAGCUUAGUUAAAGGAAAGUUGUUUAUUCCAGGAGUAAUUAUUGGACAAGUCAUAGGUAACAACUAUCAUAUAGUGCAUUUAUCAGCAAUGACUGUAUGGAAUGAUGACAUACAAAAUAAUAAAAUUGAUGUUCUGGCCUUCAAAACUCUUUCUGAUCUUUUAGCCAAUAGUGAUACAAUAUUUCAAAAGUCAUUAGAAGUAGCGACUUUAUUACCUGGAGGUUCACAUGUACUUGGUUUAUUUUUUAUUGUUCCACAAGAUUUAAAAAGUAUCCAACCAAUAGAUAUUGAUUUUCAUGCAUUUCACAGUGAAUUAAAUGAAAAUGUAUUGUUUAAAAAACCCAAUGAAACAUGGAAUUACUUAAUAUUAAACUAUUCAACCAUCAACAAAAAAUCGUAUUGUUAUUCAGUUGAUUUUAACCGUGUAAGUGGUCCUGAAAAAACAACUUAUAAAGCAGUAGAUUCAGUUUGUGGAUCAUUUAAUAAUGAUUGGAUCACUCUUAUUGGAACAUUUAACUUUGGAACAUUAGAUAGACUAAAUGUAGGUGGUGGACCAAAAGCUUUAUUUUCUAUUCGUGACAGUUUAUUAGAUAAAUUUGAAUCUAUUUUAAAUGAAUCAGUCUGUACUUUUAACGGACAUGUAUGUGAUGAAAAUAAAACCCUUAAAGAUUUUGAAUGUGAUGAAAUUGAUAAUGUAUUGAAAAAUGUUGUGAAGAUUGAAUUUUACAGAAUGGUUGAUUUAGGUAAUGAAUGUAAAAAUGCUUCGCUUACUGUAAAAAGAGGAAAAGGAAAAAUUUCAAUGUCUGGUCUAUGCAGUAUAGUGGUACCAUUUAAUCGAAAUGGUACAAUCAAGGAUGCCUUAAAGGCUAUUCACGAAGAUGCUAUGCAGACAUUUGCAACUCGUUUAAAAAUGCAUUUGGAAUCAAUGGUCGAAGAGGAAUCUCUUGAAGAAGAAGAUGGAGAUGCAAAUAUAUUACACGAAACUCCGCGUCGAAUAUUAAUUUUAAAAACUGAAGGUUCUAGAUUUGCAUUUAGUGAUUAUGUAUUUCCUGGUGAAACUUCUCAGGAAGCAUUAUGUGUAGCUGGAGAAAUAUUGAAUCUGGCUGAAGACAAAAUGGAAUUAUAUGAUAUGUUGGAAAAAGGACGACAUUCAUAUUAUGAAACACUGCCAGACAUUGAUAGUAGUCCACCACAAGAUGCAAGUACUUCAUCGUCAAAUAAUAUGUUAAUUUAUUUCACUUGGGCAGCUUUAAUAUUGGCUAUCUUUGCAUAUGUUAUGAAACAGAUUUUCAUGUAAAUUAAAUUAAUGUGAAGCUAAUUUAACUGUAAAAAAUAACAUUCCUUAAUUUAU